ACAGAGGUUUCUGAUCAAUGAGGGAAGGGCUGUGAGAGGAAAUAACGGAGGAAACCACGCCAUAAUCGAGAAGCCCGGACCACGUAGCUACCUUGUCGAGGAUCCCAGGCUGAGUUUCCAGGAUGGCAGGUUUCUGAAAGUUCCCAUGAUGAUUGGCGUCACUAAACAUGAAGGGAGUUUCUUUCUGGGCAAUUACAGUCCGAAAAGUAACAAGACUCCUUUCACGCAACACAGACUAAAAACUAUUAUUUUGAAGUGUUACAUGAAUUCAACAUUCAUGGACUUCAUACUGGAAAGAAAUAACGCAACAAAUAACACAGAUUAUCUGGUAAACGACUUUUUGAAAGCAACUCUCCAGUUUAGUGGAAUUGAUGACACAACGGGGGCAAUCACAGACGUUUUUCAAGACAAAUAUUUUAGAGUAGAAGAAAUUGGAAAUUUUACGGCAAUGGUACCAGGAUUGGUUGAUAUCUGUGGAGUAACAUUGCUGAAAGCGUGUACCCUGCAGCAAGCUAGACGAAACGCUCAUGUUCAGUCCACCUUCCUGUAUACCUUCAAUUACAGGGGACAGUACACCAAGUUUGGCUAUGGUGAUGAUGCGCAUCAUUAUCCAUUCCCUGGAGGGGUUGCGCACUCAAAUGAUCUCCUCUAUCUGUUUCCGAACACUGAAGGCUCGUUGAACAGUGCGGACAGAGAAGUCGCUAAAACUGUGGUGGAACUAUGGACCAGUUUUGCUUCUAACGGGCAAGUUGGGAUUUUACGCUAUUUUUCUACAAUUUAA